UUCAAAACAUACCUAACCAGCAUAUGCUGGUUUUUUCAACAAUACUGGUAAUAAAUCAAUAUAUUUGAAUGAUUUCUGAAGGAUCAUACGACUCUGAAAACUGGAGUAACAGCUGAUGAAAAUUUUGAUUUGCAUCACUGAAUUAAAUUAUAUUUUAAAGUAUAUUAAUUAUGUAUUAUAAAUGUAAAUAUGUGACCUCUGACACGGAGAAGAGUGAAAACUCCUCACAUGACCGCUACAGAACAUCUAAACGAAACAAAUACUGUGCGUACGAAGCGUAAUACGAAGUGUAAAUAUUGUGAAAAUAUCAAUAUUAAUUGUGUCUAGGCAAAAGGCAUUCCUCCUGGAACUAACGCGGGUUUGGCAGGUGUUCAUUUCAUACUCUGUGACAGCUAAUUUACUGAAUAAAUUAUACAUUGUAUUUAUUGCGUAAGGUACAUGUACAACAAACUGGUAAUGUCAUAGUGGUAUCGUGUAUUGUAAUCGAAUCUGUACCUGUGGAACCGACAGCACACGCGGUGUUCGUCUAAUAAAGAUCUUCAUAGCUAGCAAACAAUAGCCUUUGCAGAUUUGCUUUCAAUUGACUGUAGAUCCAAAGCCACGUCUUCAGCGCUCCUGAUGUUACAACUCUGAGUGAGAACCGCUUCAGACGACUCAGCGCGUGUGGCAGGGAACUGAACAAAUCGUUCGAACUGAUUCGCGAACCGAUUCACUGGUUUGCCAACUGGUCUGAUUAAGCCUUCGAACAGAAUUGACUCAAAAGAAUGAAUCAUUCGUGAAUGGGCAUCGCUCAUUGCCCAGAAAAAAAGUAGAUGGCACGUUUGGAAUAAAUUGAAGGAUUUUUAACUUGCAUUAAGAUAAAGUAACGAGAGGAGCGUCGCCCACAGUAACGAAGUAAAAGUACAGUUUUUUCACAAAAAAUGUACUUGAGUAAGAGUAAAAGUACCCAUUUUUAAAUAUACUCUAAAAGUAUUAGUUACCCAAAAAAUUUACUCAAGUAAAUGUAACUCGUUACUACCCACCUCUGGUUUUAACAAGAUUACAUUAUCUCAAAAAACUGAACUUUUUUUUCAGCUUGUUGACAUUUAUACAGACUCAAAGCCUCAUCUCCUCCUGAGCCACUGCACAAAGGAACAAAAUAUAUCCAACACAAUAAAUCAGUGCAAGUAAUUUUAAUAUAGCUCAAAUAAUUUUCAGUUUAGACUAGUGCGUGUUCGUUUUAAAACACAUAGCUCAGACAGAAUCGUCAUUUCUAUUAAUUUAUUCUAGGUUGUUAAAACUUCAGGAAAUUGUGGGUGUUUUAUUUUCUUUCACCAUAUGUUUUAUUGUUAUUAAAUUCUGUGUUGUAGUAUGUCUAAUUAUUUAAAUGCAUAAAAACUACUUAGUUUAUUAAAACUUAUUCUUAAAAUAGCCUUAUGAAAUGUUUUAUUUUUCCUCUGUGUUCUGUAUCUGGUUUUCAAAUGAAGGCAUAAAACAUUAAUUUCAUUUAUCUUUUAAAUGAUUGAAAAUCAAACUUUAUUUAUUUAUUUAGGCAGACAAUAUUUUACUAUUAAAAUUAAAACAUGGAAGAAAUGUUGUGACCAUUACUUUAAAAAAAAAUAAAGUUUUAAUAAUUUUAAUAGUAGCCUAGUAGUAGCAGUAUGUACACUCUGCUGAACAAUAUUAAUAUAUUUCUGCCGCAGCCUCUUCCAAGUUAAACCGAACGUUUAUUCAUUAUAUUUAUCUAUGGUUGUAAUUUGUUUAUUUUCUAUACUGAUGUAGCAUUUGGACCAAUCAAACACAAUUUUUCAUUAGAUUUAACAAAUCAAUUAGUCAUUAGAUUAUUUGUUAAUCACAGACCCCUCACCCAAUACACAUACUGGGUGCCAGUAUGUCUGUGAAUGACUCCAGGCCGCGAAUCUUUUUUUCCCAGGAUGGUAGGGGAAGGUCCCGCCUUUUUCGCCUCUGAUUGGCUAGAAGGGCCCUCCUCCGAUUGGUUAUUUGAUUUGGCCGUGAAACGUCAUCUCACGUUCAUGCCAAACUGUCAGCUAGUCUGUUUUGAUCGUAUUUACCGCCAACAGAGGUGAAUUAUGCUAGUAAACAGUGUGAUAAGUGCGUGCCGUCAGAUUUAUAUUCCAAGUUCACAUUUUCAUAGCCUGUUUAGAUUAGUCCUAAAUGUUUGAGCGAGUUUUGUGAUGAUGAGAGAUACUGAGAGAGAGAGGUGAUAGUCGGUGGUGCAGAGGUGUGUGUGUGUGUGUGUGUGUGAGAGAGAGAGAGAGAGAGAGAGUGUGUCUAGGUGAGGCAAACACUGAUGGUAAAUCGACUAUACAGUAACUUAGGCUAUAGCCACACAUAAAUGUGGUGGUUAAGGGCCACUGUGUCAUGCCAAUGUGCUUAUUCAUCCCAUCUUCUAUAGAAACAAUCUCUUUCCGAAACCCUGAAGCCAGCAUAUUAGCCAUUUCAAGGUAAAGAAUACACAAUAUUAGUGCAUUAACAUUAACUGUAUGUUAAACAUUACUAGUAAUUAUUGUGUGUGUGUGUGUGUGUGUGUGUGUGUGUGUAGCCAUGAAAGUUAAGUGUCGCUGGUGUCAUAUUUGUGCAAAGGAGAACUUGGAGAACAUCAUACCGGAUCAUCUUGAGGUUAGGGUUAGGUAUAAAUCAAUGGACAGGCAGCACAGCUCCAGUAAUAAAUGGCUUUGGAGCAGGUAUCUAGAGGUAUUGAAUUUGAAUGGUUAAGGUUAGGCUUACAGUAAGGGUUUGUUGUUCGUUGUGUUGAUGGGUUCUAAUCUCUACAAAUUAUCUGUGACCUGUACUUAUUUCUACUACAAUGCAAGUAUAGAGAUAAUUGUAAGUGUGCCUUUUGAAAUAAUAUGGUUGAUUUACUAACAUUAUAUUUCAUUUAUUUGAACAGCAACUUAUGCCUGAGGGGCACUGCCAUUUUAUUUGCACCUACACACCAUUGGAGAUGGGUUUUACAGCCUGUAUAAAACUUCAACUUGCCACCAGAGAGGAGGCAGAGGCCUGGUUGGAGGACAUUCAACAGUCCUCAAGAGUGACCUUGAGAGUGGACAAAACCUAUCCUAUUACCGAGGAUACGGUUCGGCGAAACAGCUACCGAGUUGACAUGAAAUGCCAGCACAAUACAAGGCAGACGGGCUCCUCAAAAAAAAACACACACUGUCCUGCUGUGCUCUACCUUGUGCUGAAAAAGCACAGGCAUAGCCAGAACAGGAAGUCCAGAUCUAGUGAUACUCAUAUUCAGGAGGGUUUAUUGUUGCAUGUGACCAUCAAACAUCACCACAACCACCGCCUUGGCUGUUCCGAGGCCUUACAGCAUCGGGAUGUGUCCAGAGAGACCGUGGAGAAGCUGGAGAAACUUUUUCAGAGUGGGCACUCACCCUCUUCAGCCCUAAACACCCUGAAAUAUGACCUCCAGGAGGAGCAGAGUGAUUCAUACUUGUAUGCCUCUGCAGAUAGGUCCAUUUGUCCUGAUGUCCAAUUCUGCUACCGAUUAUACUACUCCAUUUUUAAGCGGGACUAUGGAGCUUCAUCUGGGGAUGCCAUGCUUGAAAACCUCCAGGAACGUCUGGAGGUUUACAACAAGGAACAGUGUGAAACAUGUGGGCGGAUGGAGUCCACCGCUGACGGACAAACAGUCAUCGCUUUGUGCACUCCAGUCAUGAAGAGGAUACACAGACUGGAGAGACACAGUGGAGAAAUGCUUUUUAUGGAUUCAUCAGGUGGGUUGCCACUGGGAGUCAUAGUCACAACAUCCGAGUCCCAAAACACCAUUGCAGCGGGACUCAAGUUGCUGCAGUCUAUACUACCAGGGGAUGCUUUUUAUGGAAGAGGAGUGCUAGGGCCAAAAGUAGUCAUGACCGAUGACUGCAAAGCCCUGCGACAGGCACUGCAGAAUGUGUUUCCGCAGACCACUUCCCUCCUUUGUGUCUUUCACGUGCUCCAGGCCAUGUGGAGAUGGCUCUGGGACAGUCACCAUGGGGUGCCGAAGGGGGACCGGCAGUGGCUGCUGGAUAUCUUCAAAAAAAUGGUGUAUGCCAUGUCACCAGAGGAGCUGGAGGCCUCCUACCACCAGGCUCUCCAGGACCCAGCGGUGCUGAAGCACCAACAGUACCGGGACCAUUUGACGGCAGUGUUUGCCCAACGCAAGGACUGGGCUAUCUGUCUACGCACGGGCCUUCCAACGCGGGGCAAUGACACAAAUAAUUUUGUUGAAAGUGCCAUGAGGGUCUUGAAAGACAGCAUCUUCCACAGGUUGAAGGCUUACAAUAUCACUCAACUGGUCGACUUCAUUUGCACCAGACUGGAGGCAUACUACAUCAGGCGACUCCUCGAUGUAGCAAACGGAAGGACUGUGAAGCGGAAGUUCAAGUUAAACAGACAGUUGUUCAGUCCUGACAGAAUAUUCAAGCAAGAUGAAUCAAACUACACUGUUCCCAGUGAACAAGGAGGCGUUUAUCUGGUGAACAUUUCCAUGGGCAUGUGCACCUGCCCAGCUGGCACCAAUGGGGCGCUUUGCAAACACCAACACUCUGUAAUGCAGGCCUUCAAGCUGCAGGGAGGCCACCAUCUUCCAGUGACAUCCUUCACGGCAAAGAAGUCCUUCUAUGAGAUGGCCACAGAAAAGCUUGUUGUACCAGACAGCUGGUUUAUGGGCUUGCAGUUUGAGAUGGAGAAAGACUGCCCAACAGUUCCACUCAUUGCAAGCACCCAAGGCCCCCAAGAAAUAGGCCCCCAAGCUGGAACAUCCACUCCCACCCAAGGCACCCAAGCUGGAACACCACAAGACGGCUCUGGAACUGAAGUGUCAUCUCAACGUGAGCAUCUCAAAGGUCGUCUCAGAUCAAUGUUUAAUGACCUUGUGGACAAGCUUCAAAAUGAUGAGACCUUCCAAGCCCCAAUACAAUCCCUUGUCUCAUCCUACGAGUCCAUUCUUACUGACAGCGGCCUGAUUUCAGCAUUGUCUACCUUUGGGAAGAUGAGGAGUGCUGCUGCAAGAAACAUCAGAAUGCAGGCAAGAAAGGGUCUGCAAAUGAGCACACAAAUAGGCGUGCAACCUACAGCUGUUGCCCGUCGUAAGACUCCGCUGGGGGGCAGACGGGCGCUCAUCACUGGUAGACCUCCAAAAAGAGCCCGGAGGGAACACAACUAUGGGAAGGUAAAAGAGGGGAGUGGUGCACUGCCAAGAAGACUGGCACCACACUCCCUUGCCCAGUGUGUCUCUACUUCUGUGUCCUUAGGUAGCCAACACAGCAAGAAAUAAACGUUAAUAAAUAAAGUCACUCUGACGCAUACACACACACACACACACACACAAUUACAAUUACAUAAUAAGACAAUAAUUACUAGUAUGGUCAACAUGCACUAAUAUUGUCUAUUACUAGCACUUAGGUUCACAAUAAAUAAAAUCUGUCAUAUUUGAAUCAUACUGUGGUGUGGUGUCUUUACUACAAUUGGCUGACUGCGGCUUCAUUCAUCUGUGAUAGCCUAUUAAAAAUGUUCAUGCCUGUGACUUUACUUUGGUAAUAAUUUGGACGUAAUAGUUUCAUUAAAUAGUUUCUGUUGAGCAGGCAGGAUACAAGUUAGGACCAACACAUCUCUCGUCACCUCAGGGAACCUUAAUGAACUCUGUUGACUGUUCUGUUAAUUGUGCUGCUGUUCUAAGCCUAUUUGCUGGUUGGGAAAACUUGUAGCCUAUUUGUUAGAGGUGGUUGUCAAUGUUACUCCACUGCAGUGUACAAUAGUCAUUACAUGUCUCACUGCUUUCCAUACCUAGUUCCCUCUGUGUAAUUGUUUGUAUUAUUUAAUGGACCUUAAGUCAAAGCUGAGCAUGAUGAUGCGUCACUACUCAUCAUUACUCUAGAAUACUGCACUGCACUGCACAGUGCACACAGCUGGGCAAAAUAGUGCCGUUUUAUUGUAUUGCACACGUUUUAUUGUAUUGGUCUGUCUCUCUCUCUCUCUCUCUCACACACACACACACACACACACCUCUGCACCACCGACUAUCACCUCUCUCUCUCAGUAUCUCUCAUCAUCACAAAACUCGCUCAAACAUUUAGGACUAAUCUAAACAGGCUAUGAAAAUGUGAACUUGGAAUAUAAAUCUGACGGCACGCACUUAUCACACUGUUUACUAGCAUAAUUCACCUCUGUUGGCGGUAAAUACGAUCAAAACAGACUAGCUGACAGUUUGGCAUGAACGUGAGAUGACGUUUCACGGCCAAAUCAAAUAACCAAUCGGAGG